AUGGCGGAAGAAGAGAGCCAGUUUGAAGAAUUUGAGCAAAUAGACUUUUUAAGGGAUCGGCAUGUACGAUUCUUCCAGAGGACACUGCAGGUGCUACCUGAGAGGUACGCCUCGCUGGAGACGACCAGGUUAACUAUCAUCUUUUUCGCCCUGUCUGGUCUCGAUGUGCUGGAUGCUCUGGAUGUGAUUGAUAGAAAUGUAAUGAUUGAGUGGAUCUACUCAUUACAGGUUCUGCCCACAGAGGAUCAAUCUAACCUAAGUCGCUGUGGGUUUCGAGGAUCAUCACAUAUUGGAAUUCCUUACAGCACUAAGGGACCAGGCGUGCUCCAUCCAUAUGACAGUGGCCAUGUAGCCAUGACCUACACUGGGCUGUGCUCACUUCUAAUCCUGGGAGACGACCUGAGCCGGGUUAAUAAACAGGCCUGUCUGGCUGGUCUCAGAGCACUGCAGCUGGAGGACGGCAGUUUCUACGCAGUGCCAGAAGGAAGUGAAAAUGACAUACGGUUUAUCUACUGUGCAGCCAGUAUCUGUUACAUGCUGGAUGACUGGUCAGGCAUGGACAUCCAGAAGGCCAUUGAGUACAUCAGAGGAAGUUUGUCCUACGACAAUGGGUUUGGCCAGGGAGCUGGACGAGAGUCACAUGGUGGCUGGACGUACUGCGCCAUAGCCUCGCUGUGUCUGAUGGGUCGACUGGAGGAGGCGCUGAGUCAGCGGGAGCUGGACAGGAUCCGACGCUGGUGUAUCAUGAGGCAGCAGACCGGCUUCCACGGGCGCCCUAACAAACCUGUAGACACAUGCUACUCCUUUUGGGUGGGAGCUACGCUAGAGCUGUUAGACGUGUUUCAGUAUACAAACUUUGAGAAGAACAGGAGCUUCAUCCUGUCCACGCAGGACCGGCUGGUGGGGGGAUUCGCCAAGUGGCCGGACAGCCAUCCAGACCCUCUCCAUGCCUACUUAGGGCUGUGCGGUCUGUCUCUGAUCGGAGAGCCCAGUCUGAGGAAGGUCCACCCAGCUCUUAACAUCACCCAGAGAGCCUUUCAGCACCUCCAGCAGCUGCAGCAGACAUGGAGGGACAGCACCGGCAGCUGCAGCAGACAGCAUUGACGGAAGGAUGAUUCGGUAAUCAGGAACAUCCUACAGUAGUCAGUCGAAAGGCAACUGGACUUUUUGCUGUGUGUCUUGAAGAUGUUUGGCCCCUCGUCUGAGAUGCCUCCUCCUUUCAGGAAUCAGGAAGGUUUUUCUCCGGGUUACACACUAGUAACUCCGGGGAGCUCAUUUUAAGUCCAUCUAAAGCGACCUUUCUGUUGAGCAAUUUACGCCACACUUUUUUUUUUGCUGCCUUUUUAUUAGUAGACGAUAGUAAAUAAUAAUGUGCUUUGUGUUUUGUGGGUUAAAAUGAUGUGCCAGAAAGUCAAAUUUAAGUCACUGGAGACUUGAAGAAAUUCCAGGUGCCUUUGCACUGAAGUUUUUGAAGCUUCUUGCUCCUUAGCCUCAUCAUCAUAGUCAACAACACAAUCUGCUGUAAGCCUUCUAGCCAAGGAUGAACGCUACUGGUUCACUUCACAUGGAUAUAAGAAACUUCCUCAAAGUAAAUAUUAUUCGCAGUCUGAGGAGGGCUUAGGGAACAUCUAAACUGUCUCUUUAAAUUGUUCAGGAGUAACUGCUGGCUUCAGUAGUUGAAGGUUUUUGAGGGAGUUGAUCUAAUUGUAUGUGAAACUACUAUGAAUGCUUUUCUAUUGUAUUGGCCCAGUGGUAAAUUUGAGGGGGAACAAACUCGUAUGUUUCCUUUAGAUUAUCAUCCCUACAUUCUCAGACUAAAACCACUCCAGAGACACUUUCCUCCCUGUAUAGUAUUUUUGCUUCUCCCCAUCUCGAUCUGUGCGUUGCUCUUGAACCUCUUCAAAGCCUCAAGCUCCCGAGUCCCAAAGGUGGUACUGGCCUGGCAGGUAAACUCUCCCGUGUCUCUCACUUCAGCUCCCUUCAGUUUCACCACUGCAGGCUUUUUUUUUUUUUUUUCAGUGAUCAAGAGAUUUGAAUGAUAAUAGAACUGCCAAAAAACACCUUAAGGGGCAAAUCUAUGACUUAUCUAUCCUAGAAAGAGGAUUUAAAAAAAAGCUACAGGCCUUAUCAUUGCAGAUCACAGAAAAUCUAAUUUAUAGUUCACAUUUUUCCUGAGGCCAACAGAAAAAAAGAUAGAGAAUUUGGUAAGAGGGAGAAAAUCCCUGCUUCCCUUCAAGGUUGUAGUCAAUUUUAGCAGAAGAUCCCAUCCCGACAUCCCCCGACUCCUGAACCUUGAACUGAUCUGAGCUCCCAACCUUCACUACCUUCCUUAUCCCUGCAAGGCACCAGCCAGUUUAUAAUCAAUAGGAGGAAGACGAGACUUGGGGAAAUGUAUUCUUUUGAACGGCACUGGCUAUUGGCUUAUUUUCAGAACAGCAAACAAAGAACAAUGCACAUGAGCGGUGUGUGCCACCGAGAGUCAGGUUGCGGAAACGACUAUUAUCCAACCUGCUAGUCACUUCCCAUUGAGUCCUAAAACGUUGACCUCCAACAAAACUUGACCAAGGUUUGCACCACUGGACUCUCUCACUGGAAGCUACCCAUUGUCUGCACAGAUGCUCACAGGUAUUAAUAGCCACUGCAGAUCAUACACGCCACCUUCCAGACUUCCUGCCCUUGAGCUUAGCUACACAUUAUACAUUUCUACUUUUAAACCCUAAUAAAAUCUUGACAUGGUGACACAGAGGUACUGAAAUUCUGAGUUGGGCUCAUCCUUUUGCCUUUUCAUCACAUCAAUGCUCUUGACUCCCAGCAAGCAACAUUUCCCCCUGCUGAAGCCACACCCUUUCAGUAUAAGAUCGCUGUCACGGCCAACACCUGCUCCCUGUUAUGACGAGGGAGGAGGAGACAAUAUCACAGCAAGUCAGAAAUACAGUGGCCUGUCUGCAACAUGUUGCCUGUGGGAGUGUGCUGUGAGUAUACAAAAGUAAUAUCACCUCUGUGGUUUUCCUUCCCGCCAUCUAAAAUAAGGCUGUACCUGGCCUCGCCGCCCCUUUCCCGCCAAGUUGCCCUCAUUUUCAGACUUGGAAAGCAGAGCAGGCAGACAGAGGAAAGGAGAGAAGAGGGGAGGAGAGGUGGAUAAAUAAAUAAUUUGACCCAUCCAUUAUUAAACAUAAACUGUCGGAGGCUGGAAUCUCCUCUUUGAACUCAAACUCUCAGUGUUACAUAGCCUUGUUUGGUGCAAAAACGUUGCUUUUUAGCCUCCCACAUCUUAUAUUGCUGUAUAGUUUUUUUACUAUUCGCCUAAGACGAUGGGCUUUGCUACAGUUACUCUUGCUGAUCGUGUCGCCUCCUUUUCUGAAAACAUUUUGUGAAAUAUUUUUUAAUAAUUUCACCUUUUAGAAAAGAUAUGUCAACCAUGACUUUCAUUGCUGCUGCUGAAUUGAGCCUCACACACAAAUCAUGUGAUAAUACAAGCUCAACAAAAUGAGCUUUUGUAUUAUUCAUCAUAUAGUAUUUCUGGUAUCAACCUUUUGUUGUUUAUUAGUCAUGAAAUGUCUGAAGUAAAUUGCAUUGAAAGAAAGUUUCCCAUGCAUCUUCUGAAGUGACUUUUACUGCUUAUACAACCUCCAUCGACUGGGUUCUGUCCUUAGCAUACGUAGGCCAAGUCACAUAGUAAAAAUGCUCUAACUUGACUCUGAAAUGUGCCUCACAUAAGCAUUGUAUUGGGUCACAGCUCUCUGAAUGCUCUCCACGUGUACAGCAUGCUUUAAUUGGGUUUAGCUUGGCUCUUUCAAUCAAUAAAGGCACAGGAUAUAAGUGUUCUCUUGGGGGAAGGAGGAGAGGUGUAUCCUAAAUCCUUGUAAACAUUCAGGGUGGCACUCCUGCUCUGUAAACAAUUUUUCCUCCCUCUUAUCUUUGCAGAGUUCACUUAUCCGAUCAAACAUAAGCCUGCUGGUAGAGGUCGUUUUACCACAAUCUGGCUUCGUCCCUUCACGUCUGGUCGAUAAUGUAUUUCCAGAAAAGAGGGGAAGAAUUCAUUGAGACAGAACCCAUAAAUGCUUACUCGACUUUAAAAAGGGUGAAGGAUUGGAUGGAUGGAUCUGCCACUUACUGCGGGGCGAAGGCUGCAUCUCAGCAGUUGUUACAUUGCGUCUCCUUUUUUUGCCACAUCACGCUGCAGUCGAUGCUCUCAGUCCCACAGCAUGAAAAGAGAGGGACAAGGCUUUGCUUCUAAGACUGCUGCAGUGAAAGCUGCGUUCGGAUGUGAAAGGGACUGUCUUACGAGGUGCGGCCAAAAUGUCACACGUGGUCAAUGGUGAACCCUUGCUCUGUCAUCAACUAAUAUACAUACUGUAAUAAUAAAUAAUGUAACAAUAAAUGUAAUGGAAUUUAUUUUUUCUAUACUUUGUAGUAAUAUUGAGUGUAGAUAAAUAUGUAAAUGUCUAUAAAUAUGUGACUUCAAUUGUGCAAGUGCUCAAGAUGAAAAAAAAUGUUUACAGCCACAUCAGUGAGAUGGUUAGAGGAAUUGGAUAUGCAAAUGUUGAUAUGUGAUGUAUUAUAGUACUUCAGCUUUGAACUUGAGGACAGUAAUGUUGAUUCUAGCUUGGCGGUGCAUACUGUAUUUAUGGUGAAUAAAAACACGUACUAACUUUUA